AGACAACAUCAAUGUGAUGAGUGGCAUUUAGAACGUAAAAAACGAUUAACAGCUUCAUAUUUUGGCAAAUUAUGCAAAUUACGCGAAUCUACUUCACGUGUAAAUAUUGUAAAUGAAAUGUUAUUUGGAACUUUUAAAGGAAAUGCAGCAACUCGGUACGGAAUAGAGCAUGAAAUGAUUGCCAUCGAGCAAUUGGAAAAUAAAAUCAAUAAAAAAAUUGUACCAUCAGGGUUGAUAGUAGAUUUAAAUCAGCCAUUUUUAGCUGCAUCUCCUGAUGGAUUGAUCGGAUCAGAUUCACUUGUUGAAAUAAAAUGCCCAGCAAGUGCCAAAGAUAUGACUCCAGAAGAAGGAAUAAAUAGUAAAAAAAUAAAGAGUUGUAAAAUAUUAGAUGACAAAUUGCAUUUGAAAAGAACAGAUAAUUACUAUUAUCAAGUGCAGGGUCAACUUCACAUUACUCGCAGAAUGUAUUGUUAUUUUUGUAUUUGGACACCGAAAGGAUUUUUAUUCGAGAAAAUUAAAAGAGACGAUAGUUUUUGGAAUGAAAAAAUGGCAACUCAGCUUACCACAUUUUAUAUGGACUUUCUGUUAAAACAGUUAAUAAAAGAUGAAUAUUAA